AUUGCCGGUGUUUAGAUAUAAAUAGGCACUUAUCAAAUUGUGCUUAGUUCAUUGUUAGCUGUGAUCCAAAAUACCGCUAACGAUGAAAUUCGCGCUUGUGCUCUUGAGUGUGCUAUUAGCAUCAACCUAUGCUAAGGUUGGUUUCGGCCCUGGUGACCAAGAAUGGGAUCAUGUUGAGGUGCGCGAUGGGGCCUUCAUGUUCUGGUGGAUGUACUUUACCACUGCUGAUGUUUCCAGCUACACCGAACGUCCCAUCAUCAUCUGGUUGCAGGGUGGUCCAGGUGCGGCCUCUACAGGAUACGGAAACUUUGCUGAAUUAGGUCCCUUGGACACCGAUUUAAACCCACGUGACUAUACCUGGGUUAAAGAUGCUAAUGUCAUGUUCAUUGAUAACCCAGUUGGUACCGGCUUCAGUUACGUUACGGACUCCAGCAAAUACACCACGGAUAACAGACAAAUCGCUUUGGAUCUGGUUGAAAUGAUGCGUGGAUUCUACAAGAAACUGCCUGAGUUUAAGAGUGUUCCUUUGUACAUCACUUCUGAGAGUUACGGAGGCAAAAUGGCCGCUGAAUUUGCUCUUGUGUUGGAGCAAGCUGUUAGGGAAGGUACCAUCGAAGCCAACUUCAAGGGUGCUUUGCUUGGUGAUGGAUGGGUAUCGCCAAUUGAUUCAGUUUUGACAUGGGCUCCAUACCUUCUACACUUUGGUGUGGUUGAUGUUGAUGGUUACAACGCCGUUGAUAAAGCCGCUCAGAAAACCAAGCAAUACCUCGAUGAUGGCCAAUUUGUUGCUGCUACUAACCAAUGGGGUGAAACCGAAGGAGUUAUUAUGCAAGAAACCGACUAUGUUGAUUUCUACAAUAUUUUGAAGAAAAUCUCCUGGUACAAAUACAAAAACAAGCCAUUCUACUACCGCCUGAUCAAACCCGCCGUUAGGGACGAUGAUGACGACAAAAUGGAUAAAAUCAUGCCACAAGUAGCUGAGAAAUUGAAUAUUUCACACCGAUUCGACAGUCAGAGCGGCAAUGUCUUCAACAAAUUGAGUGGAGAUUUCAUGAAGGCUAAUACCCACAUUGUUGAGGAACUCUUGAACACCACCUCCGUAAAGUGUUUCGUAAUCAAUGGCCAGCUAGAUUUGAUCGUGGACACCCCUGGAACUGUCAAAUGGGUUGAUGCUUUGCAAUGGACUGGUAAAGAUGGUUACGUUAACAAACAACGCCAAUCAAUGGUUGUCAAUGGAAUCAUCGAAGGUUAUGAAAAGACCUAUUCCACUUUUGGAAUGUUCUGGGUUAAUCGUGCUGGUCACAUGGUACCUGCUGAUAAUCCAACUGCCAUGGAUUACAUCCUCCGGAAAUUAACGGAUGAUUAUUCUGGUUGAAGUGAUUCCCAAAUGAUUUGUAAUAACCCACUUCACAUACGUUAUCAAUCAAUACGAUUUAUUUAUAAACCACUUAUAAAAUAUUUAAUUAGCACGUGUUCAAAAUGUUUCAAUUUGUUAAACAGGUACGUGAAGUACCUAUCAAGAUAAAAUCUGUAACUGGAGUCCAAAAGUAAAUCAUUGAAAUAUGUA